AGACCUGCUCUCUGGCCAGCCACCGCUGGGAUUAGGCUGCUCUAACAGUCUGGCUGACACUCUGUGCAGGAAUAAAGUCCUGCUGUCUGGAGGCAGCACACUUGAACCUGCUUCACAGCCCUCCACAAGGAACUCUAGAACUGAAAAGGCAGAAAUCAGGACUUUGAAGAUUUCAAAUUUACAGAAGUUUAAAAUACCCUUUUAAAACAUCCAACAUAAGAUAAUACCAAAACUCUGUGUUGCUGGGGUUUUUUUCUGUUUUCUUUUCUUUUCUUGAAAAACUGUAAGCAUUUUAGUUACUAUGUCUGUUCAGGAGCCAUAUGGAAAAAUCAGUUCUGUUCUGUUAAACUGGUUGCACAGUUUUGGUUUUCAUCUGCCUACAGAGAUCUGAAAAGUCUAUGUUGUUUUAUUUUAUGCUUUUUCGGCAAAGAAAGAGAGCAGUCUGGGGAUCAUCUGGCCAGGAACACAAUAGUACUGAAGAUGUUCCGGUUCUGGUUUUAUCAGCCUCUCCACCUUCUCAUGGUGGCUUGUUUGUGUCAUUCCAUAAAAGUACCCACCACCAGUUCCCAUCAGAGCUUCAACACCAAUCUCUUCAAUUUCUAUCACUCCCUGAUACUUGCUGAUGGUAAGGAAACUACAGUUCACCUGCUGAAGGACAUACCUAAGAGGUAUUACUUUGUUUUGGAGGAAGGCAGAGCCCUUGAACCUUUCACAAUAACAGUGACCCCCUGUGAUGUUCCCAUUGAAUGGAGCAUACUUGUGCACAAGGCUUCGGCAAGUUUCCUUGGAAAAGCAGAACGAGGUGAUCAUGGCACACAAGAGGUCUCAAUGUUUCAGAAGGCUCCAAGCACAGUGUCCACCAUUUUUAACUAUAAAGGAAAUUCUGUAGAGACUUACAUGGGUAUGUCUUCUCAGUCUGCCCUUUAUAUGCUAGAGUUCUUAUCCACUGAGCGAGACACGCACAUUACUGUGUACUUAACAACUGACACAUCAUCUGGGCAUCUCUAUCCAGAACUUCCAAUGGAUCCACGGAUAGAUGUGAUUGGCGUUGGGCAUACAACUGUGACUCUAACCUGGAAACACAGUCCCUCUGUCUUGCAACAUAGAGAUAACAUUCAAUACUGUCUUCUGGUUAAUGAAAAGCACAACUAUAAGAGCUUAUGUGCUGCUGAGACAGCAAUCAGAUCCUCUGGAAUGAAACUGCCACCUACAUUAGCUUUGUCUCUCUCUCCGUACCUUCUUGAACCGCAGCAGGUGAUGAUAUUGUCCAAAAGCGAAUUGAGCAUCAUCAACAAAGUGAGUAGUGGGGAAGUCAGGCAGAUAUGCAUGGGUACCAAGAACACUUACACAGUGCCCAAUCUCAGCCCCAGCACCCAGUAUUACUUUGAUGUUUUUGUUGUCAAUCUCCUCACAAACGCCAGUGCUGCUUACACUGGGACAUUUGCAAGAACCCUGGAAGAACCCGAACCUAAGGUGAGGGAGCUGAAAGAUGGGAAAAUGAUUCAAGUUGUCCUGGAUGGGAAAAAGCAGAAAUUCUACAGCAUGCAGUACCAGGCAAGGCACAAGAAAAUACAAUUCACCUUUCAGUUGUGUCGUGGCCAAAUACGGGUUCACAUAACUAAGAAUGGUAAACCAGUGGCAUCGGAAAACAUCUCAGGGCUGAGGUAUUUCUCACUGAAGGGAAAGCUGCUGGACACAUAUUUGGUGCAGCUUAGUUCCACAGAGGAGCCUAACUCUUCUGUGAAAGUACAGGUGUCGACCCAUUCCCACAAGCCCUUAUUCCCACUUCUUCCAGACAGCUUAAAAAUCAAGUCCUUCAGUAAACUGAGGACCUGCAACUCCGUCACUAUUGCCUGGCUAGGAACACAAGAGAAGAGCAAGUACUGUGUGUACAAGAAAAGGAUUGAAGAACAUCAAGUCUGGACAGAACUGCAAAGUGCAGACAGGUGCUCUGGGCCUGAAUCUCGACCCAAGUCAGAGAAAGUGCUGUGCAAGUAUUUCUAUGAUAUAAAUCUUCAGCGAGCUGUCACCACAGAGACCAUCAAAGGGCUGGAUGCAGGGACCCUUUACCUGUUUGAUGUAUAUCUCUUUGGGCCAUCUGGUUUCCCCAUCAGAUACCACAGCAAAAUUGUGAAGACCAGAAAAAAAUGUUGAAGGUUUUAAAGAAAUGUUUUGCAGUGAAUGAAUGAAGACUAUUAUCAAAAUAUAUGCCAAUCAAUGCCAUAGCUUGUGUAGUUUAAAUUAUGCUGACACACAAGAUUUAAAGCUGUGAGAUUCUAAGGAGGAAACCUCUUUGUCUAGAUUAUUAUGCUUACUUUUGCAUCUUCUUUCCUGUUUAAGUUUUUUUUUUUCCUCUCAGCUGACUCACUCAGACAUUGAAAACAGACCUGCAAAACAAAUCUGUGCACAUGGAAAUAAAACACCCACAAUGGCACUCAUGAGAAAUGGAUUGGUUACCGAAAAAGCUUCUGAAAUCCAAUACAGAAGUGACGGGAAAUGCCUCUCAAGAAACACACAUCAUUAUUUUAAAGUCCCAGAGAGUUUUCUACCUUUUGUAACUGCAUCAGCUAAUGAGGAACUGAGUGACACCACAAGUCAAGCUGCUUUGGGGAAGCUGAACUUCCCCACUGCUUGAACAGAGAUAGAGACAAAAAAUACAUUAAUAAAAGGAAUGGAACUGGUAUAGAGCUCCAUGCCUUCAGUAAAGCAGGCUGAAAUACAUCUUCCCCUAUCACCUGCAUGCUUGCUUGGCUUUCAUUUCCAUAGAGAAAAUGUGGUUGCUUAGAAACAGACAACGUUCAGCCCAGGAACUGGCUCUGGAUACAGCUUUCCUAAGAAACAUACAAACACAUUGCUGUGCUGUUGUCCAUUGAGGAAAAUAGCAUGUAAGGAAUCUGGCCACAGAAAUGAGGUUUUUAUCCAUAGUCUCCGAUAUCAAACCCAGAGCUAUUACUGUGUGACUCCUGAGUGUAAUAUACUCACUUUUUAUAUCCUUAACCUAGCCUUUAUCAAGGAAUGAAUUGCUUUAGGAAAAAUUAAA